CAAAUAUUGUAGGAGGUUUCGCUAUCUUUGCCAAACGUCCAGCGUAACUGUCACGUGACAACAUCUUAUUUAAACACAAUAGAGUCAUUUAGGAACAAUAUCGUAUUUUGAAGAGAAGGGACGUAGGACUAGAAGACCAGCACUGUAUAUAAACACUAUUACACACUCGGGACUUAGUAGUGCAGUAUGGGUUCGUGGACAUAUGCAAGUUUGUUGGUGACUUUCUUUUUAAACUGCUUCUCUGGUGAGACAAGAGCUGCAGUAACAACCUGUGACUACUUCCCAGAACUGUGUAAUCCAGACAUAAGCCUUCUGCUAGGCGAACAAAGAAUACCCGAUAAAAGAUUUCUCAGAUUCGGAAAAAGAGCAUUGAGUGGUGACCAUUAUAUUAGAUUUGGUCGUAACAGUGACGACAAGAGAUUCCUAAGAUUCGGUAAACGCGGGGAGGAAGAUAGUGUAGAAAACAAUUUACGAGAGGCCCUUCAAAAAGUCAUACAAUUCAAGGAAGAAACGGGUAUUCCAUUAAGGAAAAGAAGAUCAAUCGAACCGACAUUUGUGAAGGACGUGCCAGAAUCCAAAGAGAAUGAUAACUCAACUGAAAAAGAUGCGUCCGAAAAACACAAACGAGAAACAGACGAAGUAUCCGAAGAUAAACGAUUCAUGAGGUUUGGAAGAGCGCCCUCUGAUGGUUCAAACUCAGAUAGCAUCUAUAUGAAAAGGUUUAUGCGCUUUGGAAGAAAUCCUGGUUUUGACAAGAAAUUUAUGCGUUUUGGUAAGGAUGGGAAUGAAAAAAGAUUUAUGCGAUUUGGUAAACGAGAAGACGAUAUGGUUACAGAUGAUAAGCGUUUCAUGCGCUUUGGUCGUGAUCCCAAGGAUGACACACUUAUGGAAAGAUUUGUUCGCAACGGACGAAGUGGGGACGACAAGAGGUUUAUGCGAUUUGGUAAAAGUAUCGAUGAUGAAAAAAGAUUUAUGCGAUUCGGUAAACGUUUUAUGCGCUUUGGAAAAAGUAUGGAUAAUGAUGGAGAAGCUGAGAAGCGCUUUAUGAGAUUUGGAAAAAGCGUUGACGAAGAGGGCGAAAAUGACGAAAAACGAUUCAUGCGAUUCGGUAAAAGCGGCGACGAGGAAAAACGAUUCAUGCGAUUCGGUAAAAGCGGCGAUGAGGAAAAACGAUUCAUGAGAUUUGGCAAGAGAGACGAUGAUGAGAAAAGAUUCAUGAGGUUCGGGAAAAGUAUGGACGAAGAAACGGCAGACGAAGAGAAAAGAUUUAUGCGAUUUGGUAAACGCAGCGACGAUGAAAAACGAUUCAUGAGAUUCGGUAAAAGCGGUGAAGAGGACAAACGAUUCAUGCGAUUCGGAAAAAGUGGAGAUGAAGAGAAACGGUUUAUGCGAUUCGGGAAAAGUGGCGACGAGGAAAAAAGAUUUAUGCGAUUCGGGCGUGACCAAACGGACAAACGUUUUAUGCGAUUUGGUAAAUCUUUGUGAUAUUUCUUUAGUUUCCUAAACAUUUAUAAAUUAAGCAGCGCAUGAAGUACUGUAUUAUACUGUAAAUAUUGGGCUUUAUUACUUUAAUGGAAACGUUAAUAAAAUUGUAUGUGUAUGUUAUUUCCGGAAAUUACAUUCAAUAAAUAUUAUUUUCUUAUACAUAUUACAUAUGUUCAUGCAUACUGAGUAACUUCAGUAUUAUUGCUCAACUGUGUUGGACAUGCUGAAUUUGAUACCUCGUUUAUAAAAUAGUUGAUAAUAAAAUUAUUUUUACUUGUUCAUCUAACAGAGACCCUGUAUUUUAUUUUUCAAACCACCACAGAAUAAUAAAUUACCGGUGUUACUGCUGUAUAGAAGUAGGAUGUCUUUUGAUUAUCCCAGAUACUAAUCUGAUGAUGAGAUGAAUAUGUCGAUAAGCGGUGACAAAUUGAACAACCGCUUAAAAAUCAGAAAUCCACCAUUUUAUACCUCUUACCAGGAAAUUUCAUUUUCAAAGCAUGAAAACUGCAUUUGAUUGUGUAUUUGCAUUUUGACUUUGGGGAACUUAUUCAUGCUUUUGUUAUUUCUGACAUACAUCUAUUUUGCGAAUUAAAAUAUAGAAAUCUG